AUGUCUUCCUCAUCAAGUGAUGAAGCGGAUGAAGUUUUUGAUGAAUUGGUCGAUGAAGUAGUUGAUAAUUUCAUCGAUACAGUAAUUGAUGGUCAAACCAACAAACCAAAGAGGCGAGCUUAUAUUGAAAGAGAUCGAGAACUAGGACACAUUCGACUAUGCAACGACUAUUUCAGUAAUAAUCCAACGUACACACAAGAUAUGUUUAGGCGGCGGUUUCAAAUGAACAAGCCAUUGUUCCUUCGCAUUGUCGACCGUCUAAGUACUGAAGUUCCGUACUUUCAGCAAAGAAGAGAUGCUACCGGAAGGAACGGGCUAUCUCAACUUCAAAAGUGUACGGCAGCGAUACGUAUGCUCGCAUAUGGUCAGUCAGGAGAUACAUAUGACGAAUAUCUCCGGAUGGCUGACAGUACAUCACGUUUAUGUUUGGCAAAAUUCACUGAUGCAAUAAUACAAUUGUUUGGGGAUGAGUAUCUACGAACACCUACAGCCGAGGAUCUUCAGCGAUUACUCGAUAUUGGAGAGGUACGGGGAUUUCCGGGGAUGAUAGGCAGCAUCGACUGUAUGCACUGGGAGUGGAAAAACUGCCCAACAGCUUGGAAAGGUAUCCUAAACGAUAUCAAUGUUCUUGAUCGGUCUCCAGUUUUUGACGACAUCUUACAUGGUCGAGCCCCUAAAGUGAAGUUCAAGGUCAACAACCACACUUAUCGUAUGGCCUACUAUCUUACCGACGGCAUUUAUCCUCCAUGGGCAACAUUUAUCCAAUCCAUCCCACUUCCUCAAGGUCGUAAAGCACAGAAAUUUGCAGAAAUGCAAGAAUCCGCCAGAAAAGAUGUCGAACGGGCUUUUGGAGUAUUGCAAUCGAGGUUUGCAAAUGUUAGGAACCCAGCUCUACAAUGGGACAAGGAAAGGAUAGGAAAAGUAAUGAUAGCUUGUGUCAUAUUGCACAAUAUGAUAGUAGAGGACGAACGAGACGGAUACGCUCCAAUUGAUACAUCUGAGUUUGAGACAGGACAGUCUAGCAGAAGUUCGCAGGCGAGAAGCAGAGAUAGUGUAAAUGUCACCCCUGAUAUGUUAGCCAUGCGGAGAGAAGUUCGAGAUGGCAACAAGCAUCAUCGUUUGAAAGCUGAUUUAGUGGAAAAUAUUUUGCAAAUGUUUGGUGAUGAAGAUGAAUAA